GAGGAUAUGAAGAUUAUGCCGCAAUUCAAGCAAAUUAUCCUAUUUCUGAGCAAUAUGGAUUAUUUUAUUUCGAAGUUGAUAUUAUAGAUAGAGGGGAAAAUGGGAAGAUUGGAAUCGGGUUUUGCACACAAACAGCUAGCCUAAAUAAAUUGCCCAGCUGGGAAGAUAGCUCAUGGGGUUAUCAUGGUGAUGAUGGAAAAAGGUUUUUUGAAAAUAAUGGCAAAUCAUAUGAGCCAAAAUUUAUGACUGGUGAUACUAUUGGAUGCUAUUUAAACUUUAGAAAUAAUACGGUAUUUUAUACCAGAAAAGGAGUGAAUUUAGGUAUUGCAUUCCGAGAUUUAAAAAAUGCUUUGUAUUCUUGUGUUGGAAUCGUGUCACCAGGUGGAUCUGUAAGGGCAAAUUUUGGCUAUAGAAAGUUCAGAUACACAGGUAAAUUUGAGCAAAUACUUGCAGAUUUGAUAAAGUUGCUAGAAAUUGAGACAUAUAAUACAUUUGCAUUAAGAUAUCGAGGAGAAAUUUAUUUUAUGAUGGAAAGAUAUGAUGUAUCUAUUGCAGAUUUAAAAAAAUUGCUAGAAACAAAUGCAAAUGAUUCAUGA